AUGGCACCAACACCAUCUCAAGCAGUGGUUAGCCAUGUCUCUCCUCGAGCCCGUUUCGGACUCAUAAUACCUGCCACCAACACAGUUGUGGAAGCCGAGUUCAGCUGGAUGCGAGCUGAGGGAGUGUCAUGGCACAGCGGACGAAUUGAAAUCGCGAAUCCAUCACUCAAAGACGAUGAAGCCAUGGUCGCCUUUCUGGAGUACCUGAGAACAACCAUUGAAGCUGCAGUCAAGAGUGUCCUUCAUUGCCAACCGACUUAUCUCGUCAUAGGAAUGAGCGCCGAGACUUUCUGGGGAGGUAAAGACGGCGCAGAGCAAUUCGAGAAGUUCAUGCAUGACAUUUCUGGCCUUCGCGUGACGACUGGAGCUCAUGCUGCCAAGUCUGCAUUGGAUGCAUAUGGUGCAAAGAACAUUGGCAUUGUGACACCCUACCAGCCUGUUGGGGAUCAACAAGUAGUGGACUUCUUCGAAGGACUGGGAUUCAAAGUCCACGCCAUCAUCGGCCUGCGUUGUGAGACCGCUACUUCAAUCGCAGAGGUUCAUCCAGAUGAAAUCAAAGAAGCUUUCCGAAAAGUCAACGUCGAUGGUGUGGAUGCCCUCUUCCAAGCUGGAACGAAUCUUCCUGCGGCCAAGGCUGCGGCUGAAAUGGAAAAGGAGCUUGGAAAGCCGGUGAUUGCAGUGAAUACUGCCACAGUGUGGCAUGCAUAUAGAACGAAUGGCAUAGAGAACAAGAUCGAAGGAUUUGGGUCGUUGCUGUCUGAGCAUUGA